GUACUCCUUGUCGGAGUUGGAAUUGGACUAGCGACGUUUCUGUAUUGUUUCAACGACAAUCGCGAGGAGGGACAGCAACAUUCGUAUUCUAGAAAUGGGAGACCGCCGGAGGAUCGCUCUUAUGAAGAUCGCUCUUGGUCGAUAUCGUCGCAUAAGGCUGAAAACACGACAUUCAAUAGAAGGAGUUCAUCAAACUCUAUAAAAAGUAAAGAUGGGAGAGAACCAACAACGAGUAAAGAUGAUAUAAGCUAUUGUUCAAUCUGCCAAUACGCAUUAAUUGAAUCGGAUGUAACGCAAUUGCGUCCUUGUAAACAUAAUUUUCACAAAGAUUGCAUUAAUGAAUUGAGAAAAUAUGAUCCUGGGGCUUCUUGUCCUAAUUGCAGACGAAAGAUCAGACAAGCAAUAUAAAUUCGUCAUAAACGUACAAUCAGCUUGUACAGCAUUGCGUGAUAAAUAUUAAAGGUCGAUUCAGACAGAUCCGUGCCGUAUCCGUUUCGUAUCCGUACGUCCGAUAUCCGCGACGAUAUUUUCAACUUUUUUGCAUUUGCAUUAGUCCGCGACAUCAAAAACACAUUUAAGAAGGGACAGUGAAAAAUUAAUUGAAUUAGUACGAUAAUACGUGGAACUGUAUGAUCUGUCACACCCAAAAUAUCUGCACAAUACGGAUACGACACGAAUAUGUUUGAAUCGGCCAUAAUUGUUAUA